CAAGUCACUCAGAGGUACACCUUUCCUCUUAGUGGACUCACCUGCUCCGGUUCUGUCCAUCUCUCCUUCUUCUUUUGGCCUGUAGCCCUCCCAAGUUCACAACCGCAACCAUGAGUGUCAGAAUCUCUUCGUCCAGCUACAGCAGCGGUGGCAGCAUGAGCGGCGGCGGCUUCAGCAGUGGUGGUGGCGGUGGCUUCAGCAGCGGUGGCGGUGGCGGUGGCUUCAGCAGCGGUGGCAGCGUCAGGAGGAGCUUCUCCAGCCACUCCGCCAUGGCAGCCCCCAUUGGCGCCAGCCGCAUGAGCUCUGUGUCCAUGAGGCGCUCUGUCGGUGGCGGAGGUCUGGCCAUGGGAGGUGGUGGCGGCGGUGGUGCCAGCUUCAGCAGCUACAGCAUGAGCGGAGGUGGUGGCGGCGGCGGCUACGGCAUGGGUCUUGGAGCUGGUGGUGCUGGCUUCGGCAUGGGCAUGGGUGGUGGUGGCGGCUUUGUGGCACCCAUCACAGCUGUCACGGUCAACCAGAGCCUGCUCGCCCCCCUGAACCUGGAGAUCGACCCCACCAUCCAGACCGUCCGCACCCAGGAGAAGGAGCAGAUCAAGACCCUCAAUAACCGCUUCGCCUCCUUCAUCGACAAGGUGCGCUUCCUGGAACAGCAGAACAAGAUGCUGGAGACCAAGUGGAAUCUUCUCCAGGACCAGACCACCGUGCGCUCCAACAUCGACUCUAUGUUCGAGGCCUACAUCGGCAACCUGCGCAGACAGCUCGACGGCCUGGGCAACGAGAAGGUCAAGCUGGAGGGAGAGUUGAGGAACAUGCAGGGUCUGGUUGAGGACUUCAAGAUGAAAUAUGAAGAUGAAAUCAACAAGCGUGCCUCAGUGGAGAAUGAGUUUGUUCUGCUGAAGAAGGAUGUUGAUGCUGCCUACAUGACCAAGGUGGAACUGGAGGCCAAGGUUGAUGCCCUUCAGGAUGAGAUCAACUUCCUCAGGGCCAUCUAUGAGGAGGAGCUGCGUGAGCUGCAGGGACAGAUCAAGGACACCUCUGCUAUUGUGGAGAUGGACAACAGCCGUACUCUGGACAUGGACUCCAUUGUGGCUGAAGUGCGUGCUCAGUACGAAGACAUCGCCAACCGCAGCCGUGCUGAGGCUGAGGGCUGGUACAAGGCCAAGUUUGAGGAGAUGCAGUCCUCUGCUGGCAAAUAUGGCGAUGACCUGCGCGCAACCAAGUCAGAGAUCGCAGAGCUCAACCGCAUGAUCAGCCGUCUUCAGAAUGAAAUUGAGUCAGUCAAAGGACAGCGCUCCAACCUUGAGGCCCAGAUUGCAGAGGCUGAGGAGCGUGGUGAGAUGGCAGUGAAGGAUGCCAAGCUGCGCAUCAGGGACCUCGAGGAGGCCCUCCAGAAAGCCAAGCAGGACAUGGCCCGCCAAGUGCGCGAGUACCAGGAGCUGAUGAACGUUAAACUGGCUCUCGACAUUGAGAUCGCCACCUACAGGAAACUGCUGGAAGGAGAGGAGUCCAGAAUAUCCUCUGGUGGUUCCACUGCAACAGUUCACAUCCAGGAGUCCUCAUCUGGAGGCGGUGGAUAUGGCUACGGUGGCGGUGCUGGCAUGGGUGGAGGCUAUGGCGGUGGCUCCAGCCUCAGCAUGGGCGGCGGCGGCUAUGGCGGUGGCUCCAGCCUCAGCAUGGGCGGCGGCGGCUAUGGCGGUGGCUCCAGCCUCAGCAUGGGCGGCGGCUAUGGCGGUGGCUCCAGCCUCAGCAUGGGCGGCGGCGGCGUGUCCAUGUCUCGCUCUUCUGUGACGUCCAGUAGCAUGCGCCGCUACUAAAUGAGGAACACCUCUCCACUCUUCCCUCUUCUCUUCCCCCCAUGUUCUCCCCCAUUCCACUCACUCACAGAGCAUUGACAAUGUCCUGAGCAACAAGCUUUCUCCAUUAACAAGGAACCUCAAAAGUUAAAGUCUGGAGGAUAGUGGCUUAUGUUAUGCUCUGAACAUGAGUGUUCUUCUUGUGUUGCUACUCAUUUAGUCUCCAUAUUACCCACUACAGAUCCUGUAAUAAUCCAGUCCGUCAUGAGUUUAUCAGCAUAUAUGAGAGAUGGUACAAACCAGCAGUGUGGAAGUCAAGUCCCCAUUCUGUCAGUCUGGUUGUUAUUGAUGUUCUAUGCAAAAACAUAAUGUAAUUCCAUAUGGCAUAACAUCUGUUUGGACAUGCAUACAAAACUGCACUAGAUUCAAAUUUCAUUAUGAAAAGGCUGAAAAAAGAAAAAUAUCUCAGAAAUUGUUGCAGCGUCACAAUUCACAUUGCACUUUUGAAGCAUUUCCAAACACAAGCCCAUGGAGCUUCAGAAACAACUCAAAGUGAUAUCCUGGCCCUCAAUGAAUAGAGUAAUUGUUUGAUAGCCUACAGUAUGCAUGGUGAUCAUUUGCUCUGUUCUCUACAUUUCUCCUGGGAUAAUGGGCCUUGCAGAGAGCUUUGUAGGCAGCUCUCUGUUAUCACUCACUUCUCCAUGUGUCCCUGCAACGGCUGAUAUUGACCAGAUUUAGGAUCUGCCAUGUACAACAAGUGAAAACACUGAAUAAAUCUUGGUCCUUUAUAAAGUA